AUGAGUUCGAUAGGCGUCGUUGUUUUCCGCAAUUCGCCGCAGGUGCUGCAGGAAUCCGUGAAUAAUACCGUGAACAUUUCGAACAAUGAAACUAAUCAGAACAUUCGUCGGGAAAUCAUAAUUGUGCGGAAAAAAACAAAAGUGCAAUCUCCUGCUUCAGUUUCAGUGAGUUCGUUAAUACAUGCAGCAGAUUCGGCAGUUACGAAUAGCAUCCCUAAAAAACCAAGGCUUCGCGAAAACAGUACUGAAGAUACACGGACACCGACCCCUCUUGCGGUCGCAAGACGAAAUGCGCGGGAAAGAAACCGAGUACGACAAGUGAACGAUGGCUUUGCUGCUCUACGUCGACAUAUUCCAGAAGAAGUAGCUGCUGCAUUUGAAAAUGCUAAUUCAAACCGGGGCCCAAACAAGAAACUCAGCAAAGUUGAAACAUUGCGAAUGGCGGUAGAGUACAUUAGAAAUUUAGAAAGUCUGUUAAAUAUCGGACAUGCUGAUAAAGAAAACGGAAACCGUCCAUCUAUGGAAUCUUUUCCUUCACCUGCAUCUUCCUCACCAAGAGAUAAUAGCCAGGAAAGAAGUUAUUUUUCUAUGAAUUCACCAGCCCUUGAUGAUGAAGAUAUGGACGAGGACGAACUAGAUGGGUCACUUCAUCAUAUGCCUCAACAACAAUAUGUUGAAUUACCAACUCAAGAAACGUUCCAACUUGUGUCAACUCCUUAUCUUUACGAAGAAGACGAGAUUGUUGGUCAGCCUCUGACUCCAUCAUCAGAUCUUCUUGGUCAAGAUGACGUAAACACCCAUCUACUAGAAAGCCACUUCAAUUUCCCUAAUUCCGCUGAACAAUUUACUGUGAUUCCAGAACAACCUUGCCUAAAUGAAUCUGAUAUACCUGUAAGCGAAUGUGAUUUUGAAGUUAAAUAUUCCGAAUCAUUGCAUCAUCAAAUACAACACAGUUAUAAUGGUGGAUCUGAAAUGCCAUUAGAAGACAUGAAUCCCGAUUUAAUUAUUAGUGACAAUCAGUUUAAAAUCAGAGAAGAGGAAUCCAAAUUCGUCGAUUACAGUGAUGUAGAGUUGAAAAAGGAACUUCCAGAUAUACAAGUUACACCGGAAGACAGGGAACAAUUUGAGGAAACUCUAAAGUGGUGGCAGGAAAAAACGAGACAAUCCCGAAUCCCGUCCAUUAAAAAAUAA